UUCAUUAGCUUCUUUUGCCAAGUUACCUUAGCUCGGGUGUUGUUCUUGAUAGUUUCCGUGUUUGUGAUGUUUCGUGCGGCGCUAAUUGCUGUUUAACCUGGAAAUGCCCUCCAGCUGUUUGACGUAAUAAACCAAUAUUGGCCUCGUCCUUGUUGUAGAAAAUGCUCUUUAAAUGCAUGCAGAAGUCCUCCAAUUGAAUAACUAUAGAGCAUAUGUUUAUUUUGUUAUGAAAAGUUUUAAGCUCGGCCUUAGCUAAGAAUGACGACUGUACAUGGUUAGACUUUGUUCUGUGGAGAUGCCGGUGCCAUUACAACUCACUUUCAGCUCGGAAUAGAUGGUUAUGGGUGCUCCUUUUAGUGAUAACCUGCAAUGAGAAUCUUGUGUGGAUUGUGGAGUCCUCUUACAAGAGCAUAAUAAGACAUGGGCAAAGCUUCAAGGGACAAAAGGGAUAUCUACUAUCGGAAAGCAAAAGAAGAAGGUUGGCGCGCUCGAAGUGCUUUUAAACUUCUUCAAAUAGACGAGGAGUUCAAUAUAUUUGAGGGAGUGAAACGUGUAGUAGAUUUAUGUGCUGCUCCUGGUAGUUGGAGUCAGGUUUUAAGUCGUAAAUUGUAUCUUCCUGCGAAGCUUUCACCUGAUGCUAGGGAAGGUGAUCUUCCUCUUAUAGUCGCAAUUGAUCUACAGCCUAUGGCUCCAAUUGAGGGAGUUAUCCAAGUACAGGGUGACAUAACAAAUGCCCGAACAGCUGAAGUGGUAAUCAGACAUUUUGACGGUUGCAAGGCUGACCUGGUAGUCUGCGACGGCGCUCCUGAUGUCACUGGUCUUCAUGACAUGGAUGAGUUUGUUCAGUCUCAACUAAUUUUAGCUGGACUAACUAUUGUUACUCAUGUACUAAAAGAAGGUGGAAAGUUUAUCGCAAAAAUAUUUCGUGGGAAAGACACGAGUCUUCUUUAUUGCCAGCUGAAGUUAUUCUUCCCUAUUGUGACAUUUGCAAAGCCAAAAAGCAGUCGCAAUUCCAGCAUCGAGGCAUUUGCUGUUUGUGAGAACUAUUCUCCCCCGGAAGGAUUUAAUCCAAAGGACUUGCAUCACCUUUUAGAAAAGAUUGGGAGUCCAUCUGGAGUUGAUGACCUAGAUUGCAGUAGUGGAUGGUUGGAGGGACCAAACAAGGUGUACAUUCCAUUUCUAGCCUGUGGCGACCUCAGUGGCUAUGACUCCGACCGAUCGUACCCGCUCCCUAAAGCACCUGACGGGACUUACAGGAGCCUCGAUCCUGUGCAACCCCCGAUUGCCCCUCCUUACAAGAGAGCUCUGGAGUUGAAGAAAGCCUCUUGUCAUGGAGUUCAAGAACUCGAAAAGCUAUCCUUGGAUUCCUGAUUCUUGCCAUUGAAUGUUACCUCAAUUUCACAGACCUAGAAGAGGUUUAAUGUGUACGUCGGUCAACAUGUUAUUGAAUGAUGGACAUGAGUGCUUUGUACAUUUAAGGCCCCUUUUCUCACAAGGAGCACUAAGCAAUCUCUCCAAUGUUUGCUGUGUAGAACACGCAAAGAGACUGUCCCUCUUUUUGUUUUCUCUGUCUGAGAGAGGUUAGGAGUGGCCAAGAACUUGUGCAGACGCAUUUAAGCGCAGUCAAAAAGGUUGAGAGAGAGCUGUUGCCGAGAAGGACAAUUGGUCACGCUUUAGAAUUGCAUGUGGUACUUACAAUACUUUUCUUUGAAUAUAUGCCCGCAAAAAGAACGAUCCUAGUGGCUAAAUGGGCCAAUCGA